AUGUCGUUCGUCGCUUUGCUCUCCGCGCCCAUCGCCGGCUACUUACCCAUGACGUCGAGCCGCCGCGCACCCUUGGCCACGUCGGCUGCCAAGUGGGACGCCCGCUACUCGCACGCGGUGCCGCACGACGCUUUGUACUACGGUAAGUGCAUGAUCGGCGGCAUCCUCUCGUGCGGUCUUACGCACAUGCUCGUCUUUCCGGGCAAGUACAAUGCCCUUGUCCAGGGCAUCAAGCUCGUCGCUAUCGAGGAAGGUGCUUCAGCCCUCUUCAAGGGCUGGGCGCCCACGGCCAUCGGCUACUCGGCCCAGGGCUUCUGCAAGUUCGGCUUUUACGAAAUCUUCAAUGAUUUCUACUCGACGCUCGCUGGCGAGGAGAAUGCCUACAAGUACCGUGGCAUGAUCUUCUUGGCUGGUUCGGCCUCGGCUGAGUUUAUCGCCGAUGUUGCCCUCUGCCCCAUGGAAAUGGUCAAGGUGAAGACCGGCUUCGCCAACCUCGCCACGAAGGGCCUCGGCACGCGUAUCAUCAUGAUUGGUACGCUUACGGGUCUCCAGUGGUGGAUCUACGACUCGUUCAAGUCGGCGCUUGGCAUGGGCACUGCUGGUGGUGUUGCGAAGAAUAUUGGAGAAUAA